GGGAUAGUAAUGCAUUGCAAGGUGAUAUCUACAAAAGAACAAAUUCGUGGGGGCAAGAUUGGCAUUCACCACAAUAUGUUGUGAUGAGCAAAGCCUCAAAGACCAAAUUAAGUUAAUGUUAUUUAUGAUGUUGCAUUACCUUUGGACUUUUGUGGAAAACACUUCCCAACUAAUACACAAACUCACCAAAAACGCCAUCACCAAAGAUGUCAUCAUUUUAUCAAACAUAGCACAUCCCCAUACUCCAUUCCCACUUCUUCCUCCUUUGAAGAAAUUCUUUGUGUGUGUGUGUGUGUGCGUUUUUUUCUUUUCCGGCCUUUUUUUUUUUCCUUCGCGCCCUUUAAAUAAGUUGAUUAAAACCCAUGAUGAUAAGCUAUAAGCUAUUUCUUGCUGCGGCAAAAGUUCUUGUUUUGGCAACUCUAGCUUCGGUUGCCAAAAUCAAAUUUGAUAACAAGAAAACAGUAGAGAUGAACGAAAGCCGGCCUGAAAUUUUACCGAUUCCCGGUGCAUUCGGGCCGGAGAGCUUUGCGUUCGACGGGGAAGGUGGCGGGCCUUACACAGGAGUUUCCGAUGGCCGGAUAAUCAAGUGGCUGGGAAAUGAGAGCCGGUGGACCGAUUUCGCCGUAACAUCUCCGAACAGAAUUUAUUGUGAAGGAUCGAAUGAUCAUGUUAAGACAGAGCCCAAAUGUGGAAGACCAUUAGGCCUAUACUUCAGCUACAAAAGUGGUGAUCUUUACAUUGCUGAUGCAUAUUUGGGCCUUAUGGUAGUAGGCCGAGAUGGUGGAUUUGCAAAACCUCUAGCCCAGAAAGCCCAAGGAAUUCCUUUCAAAUUCACCAAUGGUGUAGAUGUUGAUCAAAAGAGUGGGGUGAUAUAUUUUACUGAUAGCAGUAAAAUCUCUCAAAGAAGGGAUUACGUUUCUGUAAUUCUCGGAGGUGACAACACAGGAAGGUUACUAAAAUUCGAUCCCAGAACAAGUGAAGUAACAGUUCUUCUGGACAAACUCAUGUUUCCAAACGGGGUGGCAUUGAGCAAAAGAGGUGAUUUUCUCCUCGUGGCAGAGACAACAACUUGCAGGAUACUAAAAUUCUGGUUAAAUCAACCGAAGGGUUCAACCCAAGUUGAAGUAAUUGCGGAGCUUCCAGGAUUUCCAGAUAAUAUCAAAAGGAAUCGAGAUGGUGAUUUCUGGGUGGCCAUUCAUUCACCAAGAGGCAGACUUUUGAACUGGAUUCUCUCUCGUUCUUGGUUAGGGAAUUUUCUCACCACAAAAUUCCCUUUUGAUUUGACAAGAGCACACUCAAUGUUAGCUGAUUAUUUGAGAAUUGGGAGUGGUUUGGGUGUGAAAAUCUCAGAAAAUGGUGAUGUGUUGGAAACGAUAGAGGAUAGAAAAGGAGAGAUUUGGAAGUAUAGUAGUGAAGUGGUUGAAGAUGGAAAUGGACAUUUGUGGGUUGGUUCUGUGAAAUUCCCUUAUGCUGUCAGGUUAAAAAGAUCUAGUUAAUGCGUAUAAAUUGGAACGAUUGACCUUUUUUUUAUGUUCGUAAAUUAGUAAUGCAUUGAGAAAAGGAACAAUUGCGACGGAAAAGAAUAUAUUUACAGCAUGAGCGAUCCUAUAUAUGUUGACAAAAUAUAUAUCAUCAUACGUAAUGGUAAUAUAUUGGGAAUUUGGGAUAAAGAAUCCUUUGCUGACAAUAUAGAUUUCUGGAAAAUUAUAAAGGGAAAAU